AUGCCUACUCCACAGAAUCAAAACACACAAUCUGUCAUCACCUGGCUGAAGGUGAGCAGGAACAUGAACAUGAACACAAACAUGAAUUGCCUCCGUGACAGCAACAGCCCGCCUCUAUCGGAUCCACCACCGCCAUACACUCCAGCGGCAUCUCCCCAAAUGCCAGAAUCACAGCCAGAAGCAGACACCAAACACCCCCUCCCACCAUCAGAACACCGAGGCUCAAGCUCCACCAUACCUCCAAUCCGCGGGAUCCAAAUCCCCUCAAAACACGACUACUUCACCUCCGGCUUCGCUUACCCUCCCUUCCUAGCCACCUACGACGUCUUCCCCCACCACUGGACCCAAUUCACCAACGACCUCAACGAGGAGGUAAAGCUCUCCCCGCGACAAUGGGCGACCACAGUCGCCAAGGGCGUCGGCGUGCUCGCGCUGGGCGGGAUGAUGGCCGGCGUGCUGGGAGCGAUUCCUGCGGUCCUGGUCGCGCGCAAGGCGAGGCAGAACCACGAGGAGAUGAAUCUGAUUACUGCGGCUUCAGAGAGGCCAGAUGAUACAGAUGCAGAUUCGGGGUCCGAGGGAGCGUCGAGGCUUUCGAGAAAGCUCAAGACAUGGAAUAACACGUUCUUCCGGCCGCGGGGGAUUAUGGUUCGGAUUGAUCUCCCGUGGGAGGAGCUGGACGAGAUGCAGGGGAUGGAGGUGCUCCCUGCGGGACGGUAUGCAAAGAGAAAUGAGCAGGCGGUUAGGCAGGAUGCGUCGCGAAAGGCGCGGAUUGUGAUUAUUCCAGUAGUUACCGAUUCCGCGUCAAGAUCUGUGAAUUAA